AGCAAUAAUUUCUCCUCCUCUCUCGGCUGCAUUCUUGCAGCCAUUGAGAACUACUCUGUGAGCUGUGAUUGGUCACAGCUUGUCACAUGGUAUAAGGCUGUGAAUAGCCUUGCACUAUGUGACCUCUGUGAUCAUUCACAGAUUUCACACGUAGUAAGCAAUGAUGUCAGAAGUGACAUCUUGCUUACUACUCUGCAUGUGAUCACUGAUUGGCCAAUCAGUGAUCACGAUCGGGACCUCACACAGAGGUCCUGUAUGACGAUCGGGAGCGCGCACAGUCCAAAAUGGCGGGCGCCGUUUAUG